AUGAAAGACAAGAGAGACACGCCAUCCAGCACACGCUCAGCGGGCGGAAGAUGUCCACUGCGGGAGAAAUGCGUAGUAUCUUUGCUUCCCUUUACGCCCUGCUACAUUUGUGGCAGAGGAAUCUUAUCAGAAGAGUGUGUUUCAGAUGCCAAAUCGCACUUCAUGGGAUUUAAGUACAUUGAUGGCACACAAUACAUGGUUGUGGACAAAAAAACAGAGAACUCUGUGUAUCUGUACACAGAUGAGCCGCUAAACACAGAGUACUGUGUGUGCGUCAGGCCAAGAGACGCAUUCACGCCCAUAGGCACACAGUUCAACCUAGAAAGAUCAUUCACCCGCGGAAGUAGCAUAGAAUAUCCGCCCCUUUUCCAUCUUAUUCCUGACUUUCCCGUGUACUCGCCAUAUACCAUUUCAGUGGACAGCAUAAUAACAGGAAAAGACAAGAGAACAACCUGCAUGAUAAAGAACAUCCCAAACAAGCUGAACAUAAGACAGCUCAUAGAGGUGCUGUCGUCUAUCUGCUACAACGCGUUUGACUUUGUCUACUUAAGGAUGGACUUCAAAAGCAACUGCAACAACGGCUAUGCGUUUAUUAAUUUCAGAAAGGCAAAAUACAUCCCGAUAUUCCUGGACGCAAUACAAGGGAAAAAGUGGAAGAACUUCAGGAGCGACAAAAAAGGAGACAUUGCGUAUGCGAGGAUACAGGGCCUCCGCAUGCUCCAGAGCAGGUUUAGAAGAAGCGAUAUCCUCGCUGCGAACAAAGAGUUCUGGCCUGUGGUGUUCAAUAAGAACGGCGAUGAAGUGCUGGCCACAGAGUGGAAGCUGUUCCAGUGA